AUGGGUGAACCUGGACCGGUAAGUACUUAUUUUGCUUUUAUGUUUGUGUUUAGGGCUCCAAGAAACGCAGAAUUGACGAUAUUUCAACGGCCACGGCUUCAGCCAAUGAGAUUUUAGCCGCUAUUGACGCUGAAACUUCUGCAAACGAAGAGUCUUUGGAUAGUGCUGCGGCUAGAAGGUUGAUCUUGCAGGUAUUAGAUUUUUAGGGUUGAGUUGGUGUGAUUAAUUCGUUUUAUUCAAUUUUUUAGGUCGAAAAGAAGUACGAUAAAAAUCGUGAAGCGCGGAUCAAGUAUUCUGAUGAACCAGAAAAAUUCUUGAACACCGAGAUCGAACUAAACGAUGCCAUUCAGGUGGGUGUACACUGUUUAUGACUUAUUUUAGGAACUUCAUGCUGUCACAGCUCAACCCGAACUCUUUCCAACCCUUGUGAAACAUAAUUUAAUAUUUUUGAUCACUCAGCUCCUCGCCCACGAGAACGCUGACAUUGUUGCUGUUACUUGUUCGCUUUUACAGGUAAAAGCCGCUGCUUGUAUUAUUUUUUCUUUAGGAAUUAACUGAUACUAAUCCGGUUUACGAGAAUGAAGACGGCUCUGAGGUGUUGGUGAAUGCAAUGCUUGACGGCCAUAUCUUCCAACACAUGACUCAAUCUUUAAAACGAUUGAACGAAGAAGAUCGAGAUGAGGCCGACGCUGUCAAUAAUCUUCUCACUGCCGUGGAGAACGUAUGAUCAUUUUUCUGUGUGAAUAAUUUUUAGAUAUUGGAGGAGAAUAUUCCUGCCUACGAGGCCGUGGUAACGGAUGAUCUCUUUGGUUGGUUAUUGACUAGAGCCACAAAAAGAUCCAAGUUCGAUUCAAAUAAACUCUUUGCGAGUCAGUUGUUGUCAGAAAGUCUCCAAAAUAGCGAAAGUGCUCGAGAAAAGUUGGUGGAUAAGGUAAAUGGGCUUGAUCUACUUCUAAGAGCAUUGGCGGUCUACAAGAAAAAUGACCCCGAGACCAAGGAUGAAACCGAGCACAUGGAGAAUCUGUUUGAUUCUUUGUGUUCUUCUUUGAUGCACGUUUCUAAUAGAAAAGUUUUUCUGGAUGGAGAAGGCCCUCAACUCAUGAACCUGAUGUUGCGGUAAGCUAUCAUUUUUGUUGGAUUAGUGUAUUCUUUAGGGAGAAGAAGCAAUCCCGUCACGGCGCCCUCAAAACACUUUCUCAUGCCACUGCUAUUCCUGAUGGAAAGGAUAACUGCGAGAAAUUCAUUGAGAUUGGAGGUAUGGUGAUUACUUGUUUUAUUAUUACUUUUACAGGACUGAGAACUCUAUUUCCCUUGUUUAUGAGAAGUCCGCAAAAGACCAAGAAGAAGGACACAACUCCAGAUGAGCAUGAGGAACAUGUCAUUUCGGUAUCUUAUUAUAUUUGGGUAAUUGAUUAUGAAAUACUUAGAUUAUCGAUGCUCUAUUGUUCCAAUGUGAGGAUGACAGUAAGAAUCGCGUGCUUCAAAAAUUUACAGAACACGAGUUUGAGAAGGUGGAUCGACUGGUCGAAUUAUUCUUCCGAUAUAAGUAAGUAUUUAGUUUUGUGUAAGAAAAUGUGGUUCUAAAUUUUUUUGUUAAGAUUUUUUGUGUAAUCCUUGCCUUUCCGUUCCCUUAGUAUUCUAAUUUCAGAGAGAAAGUGGAGCGUUACGAACAGAUUCUGAAACGAGGAUUGGGCGCCGAAUUGGACGAAGAGCAGUUGAGAAUAGAACUUCUUAACAAUGGCUUAUACUCGUGGCAAAGAAUCGGCAUCGUCUUGGCCGAAGUUUGCACAAAAGGGACCUCAGAUUGCAUGAUUAGGGCCAAUAAAUUAUUCAAAAUGAGGCUCAAGAGUAAUGUGGAGAAUGUCCUGAAUCCCGUAAGUGCUCAACUAGGCCGCUUAUAAAUGUUUUCGUAUUAAAUUACAGUAUCUGACUGAAUGGCUGCCAGAUUUCGAGGAGUCAUUGGAGCAGAAAACCCGGAUCCAGAACCUCAUCUCAUCCAUUAAAUUCCAACAAACCAAUCUAAACUAA